AAUUAGAAAAUAUUGUUAUUGGGUGAUAACUUCAAAGAUGUUUUUCCCCCCAAAAUGAUGACCCAUUUCCAAAAUUGAUUUUAGUGAAGGGUGACUUUAGCAUUGGAGGUAAAAUGUAAAAUUUCAGGCUUCCACCUUUAGUACUGGAGAUGCUCUAAGCGAGUUAACUACCAUCUCGUUUUGCUCUUAACAAAAAUCAAAUAAAUUUCAGGCUUCUUUAGCCCGUCUUCUCUUCACGAAAAAAAAGUUGUAUGGAGCCAGGUCUAAAUUUACACCGUCCAUUUGAGCACAAAGAAAAAAUCUAGACCGCCGAUAGGUAUUUUUUCAUUUCUUUCUGUUUAUAUUAUUGAUUCAUCCUCUGUGCCAUUAAACUCCUUGGCUUCCUCUCCCGAUUCUCUUGCAAUUUCCUUUUCCAAUUAGAAGAAGAAUACCCUUUAUGAAACCAUUGAUUCACAGUCUCCUCCCUUCUCAAACUCCAAAAAAGGCAGCUCUUUUUUUUUUUCCUUUUUCGGAUCAACAAUUACUUAUAAAUACAAAAAUCUUGGUUGCAAUCCAUGGUUCUGUAGAUUGUUCUCUCCUUUUAAUUUCAGAUUUCCAGCCUUCUCCACCACACUUUUUUCCAAAUCUUCUUCACGAACUCUUAAAAAAGGCAGUAUUUUUCUGUUUUGUUUCCUUUUGUUUUAAGGAUAUCUUCAUCAUACAGGUUUAAACUUUGAUUGAAAUUUAAAGUCUGCAACACUUUAUUUAUCAAUAGAUCAGUCAAUCAAUCAAUCGUGGGUUAUGGGUGAAGAAGGUGCCAAAGUAGUAUCAUCAUCAAGAUGUGAAUGCAAUCGUCCGCCAGGACCGAAGCCAUCUCCCUGGCUUGUCUUUCCGUUUAAUGUAAAAGGUAACGAACAAAUUCAAGCUCUCUAUAAUAUUUGUGAACCCAAUAACAGAAGCUACAGAAAACACAUACCUGAGUUGAGUGGAAAAUCUUAUUGGCAAAAGCAUUCUCAUCAAGGCUGGCUAAUUGUUAUUUGUGAUGAUCCAGCAUACAACCAUGCCCCGAACUGGGAUUUUGGUGAUUGUUUUCUGUGGAAUCCUGCAUCAUUAAAGAACAUUCAGUUACCUAAUUUAUUACCUUUCUAUCAUAAACCGGAUGAAUAUUCUCUGAUAGACUGUGUUUUGUCAUCCCCUCCUAGAACUAGUACUAAUACAAUUGCUUAUCCUGAUAAUGCUGAUGAUGAUGAGCCAAUGGUUUUAUUGCUUUUUCUUCUUCGUGGAAGAGAUGAUUGCGACAGUGAUAUGGUUUUGGUAUUUUCUCACCCUGGAGACAAACAAUGGAAAACAAAAUGGGUCUUGUCUCAAGAUACUAGGACAGAUGAAUACCUCAUUACUUCUCUUUGUUGUUUUAAAGAUAAGUUAUAUCUUAUGUGUGGAUAUGAUCAACACCUAGAGAUUGAUAAGGGAAAGCUUUGGGAUAUUGAUGAUGAUUCCCUCACUUUAAGGCCAUUCGAGAUAACCAACAUCACUGAAUACCCUUGGUGUGGGAGUGACCAUAUUGAUAGCAUUGCUUUUUACGUGGAAUCUUCUGUUGAACUCUUCAAGGUUGAAAUAUAUUUCAAUAGGAGACAAGACAUGAAGGUGUUCAACUCAGUUGUUGUCUGGAUGUUGGAUUUCGCUUCAAAGGAGUCGGAGGAGGUGACUUGUUUGGGAGAUAAUGUUCUGUUUAUCGGAAAAAACACUAGAGCUUGUUGCUCGGCGUCCAAAUUGGGACUUACAGGUUGUCGUCUGUAUUACACACUUCCAGAUGAUCAGGCUUUAUAUAAAUUUGAAGUACACGGUAGCGGGAACUCUGUUAUUUUGCCGUGUUUAAAGCUACCAAGGCCAUGGUUCUCAUCUGAUUGGAUCAUGAUUCUUGAUGGGAAGCAACAAGAGGAAGAAGUAGGAGAUAGCAUGGGAAAGGCAGUCAAAAACGAAUCAAGUGUAAUGGCCUGUGAAAAGAAUGAGAAUAAGAAGGAUGGUGGAUUUGAAGUAACAAGUUCUUGGGAUAUUCUUAAUGCUGUUAUUUUGCCAUGUUUGUCGUGUUUCCCAUGGACUAAGAUUCUUGAUGGACGGCAACAUGAGGAAGAAGAAGAAGAUUGCAUGAGAGAGGCAGUGGAAAAUGGAUUAAGCACAAUUGCCUAUGAAAAGAAUGAGAACGAGAACGGGUUUGAAGAAACAAGUCCUUGGGAUGUUCUUGAUGCCGAUUCCAGAGAGUUGGUUGCAAGUUAUCUUCAUCCGUUGGAUUACGUGCAUUUUCGUUCAGUCUGUAAAACAAUUCGAGCGAUGAUGCCUGUAUCAAAGCGGACGUUUGCAACAACUAGUAUCACGAAGACCUCAAAUUUAUUUCCAUGGCUGGUGGUUUGUGGAGAUAGCAAUGACAUCAUCUACUAUUUCGUAAUCCCUGUGCGUAAUGAGUACUAUCUCUUGAAGUUUUCCGAGUUGCUACUUGGUGCUACUAUCUGUUUCCAGAAGGAUGGUUGGCUAUUAAUGUCAAGAGAGGAAAUCCUAUUCUUCUACAAUCCAUUCACAAGGGAAACCAUUAAUCUUCCGGACGUGGGGCAUCAUUUCUCUUCUAGCAUCUGUUUUUGUUCGUUGCCGACUUCCGCAGACUGUACAGUUUUUUCCAUUGAUCAAAGUGAGCAAGGAACAAUCACCCUCUAUUUUAUUACCAGAGGGAAACAGGUCUGGGAUAUUUUCAACUUCGAUAAUGCUAUUCAGUAUAGGCCAUUGUGUAAUCCUCCAAUUUUGCAUCAAGGGGCUUUCUACUGUGUGGACUAUAAUGGGCUUUUAGGGGCAUUUAACUUGGAGGGUAAAACCUGGAAAGUUCAUGGGAUUCCGCGUGAAAGAUACAGUGAUACAUAUACGUAUCCAGGUUUCCUGGUGAAGAGUGGCGAAGAUCUGUUAUUGGUGAAAUUAGGAUGUCAAGAAAAGCUGGUUACAGUCCUAAAAUUUGAUUUCCCCGUCAAUGACUGGGUUGAAGUUGAAAAUUUGGGGAAGCAUAUGCUGUUCAUCAGCCACACCUCUUGUUUCUCAGCCAUUGCUCCGAACAGUCAAAUGGAGAACAAAAUAUAUCUCCCUAGACUUUGUUUGAAUGGAGAUGGGAUUCUGUUCUAUUCUCUUGAAACCGGUAGGUAUGACUCUUUUGGGGGUCGGCAUACUUCUAAGAAUUUAUAUGAGACAGCGGGCUGGCGUGCAAACUGCACAUGGAUUGAACCUAAUUGGUCGAAGUUCACUCCUCGAGAGCUCAACUGGGUCGAGCCUCCUUCUUAAUAUUUUGGAUGCGGCUUUGAAGUUGCCAGCAGAGAAGGAAGCUACGCCUAGAGAUGCAGAAGGGGUGGUGGGUGCAGAAAUGAGAGACAACCCUAAUCUUGUAACGCAUCCUGGUGAUGUGGCUGCCUCUGUUGUUGCUGCUGCUAGGUUGAUGAAAAUACCCAGAAAUCAGUUUCUAGAGAGAAGGGAAAAAAGAAAAGAAAAAAGGAAUGUCAGACUAGCUUCAUAGUGAUGGUGUAGCUAGCAGUCUUAGGGAAGUAUCUCCAUUUCAGUAGACUGUAUGUGAAGUUGUAAACCUCUGUGCCUUUUAAUGUGUUAAUAGUGUUGCGGACCUCGCUUUUAUAAAUAAGUGUUGAGCUUAUGAGUAGCACAAGCAUCUAAACUGUGUUGUUAAAUGUGCGCUUCUUCUCUAUUUCGUGGAUGAUCUCCAAAAGAUGCUUUAAUUACAGAAUUUCUAGGUUUUAGUGGGAUUUUCCCAUACUCUACUCUAGGUUAGUGAAUAUUCUGCCUUUACGUUUGGAAAUUCCUUUGUUUUUAUACUUGUACUGAAAUUUUGGUGAUUGCGUAUUUCAGA